AUGGCCGCUGUCAAAAAAGUCGCCCUCAUUACAACCAGCACCCGAAAGCCCAGAGUUGGCCCAAAAGUAGCCAGUGUGGUCCAUGAAAUCAUCAAGAACGACACGGAUGCAUCUAGCGGUGUUGAGAUCACGCCGGUUGAUGUCGCCGACUUCAACUUGCCCAUCUACGAUGAAGAGGUGAUCCCCGCCAUGGUUCCUGCCAAGGCAUCCUUCUCCAAGCCACACACGAUCGCCUGGAGUACCGAGGUGGGAAAAUAUGACGCCUACAUCCUCGUCAUUCCCGAAUACAACUUUGGCAUAGCCGGAGCUACCAAGAAUGCCAUCGACUACCUCUACAACGAGUGGAUCGGCAAGCCGGCUGCGAUCGUCAGUUACGGCAUCCAGGGAGGAACGUUUGCGAGCGAGCAACUCAACAAAGCGUUGACGGGAAUGAAGCUGCGCGUUGCGGAGACGCGACCUUCCCUAAAGUUCCACGGUGGUAACGGGCCUGAUCUCUUUCUUGCUAUGGGGUCGGGUGGUCUAGGCGAGGACACAAAGAAAGAUAUUGAAGCUGAGGCACCAAUUAUUCUCAAGGCGUUCCAGGAGCUGAAGGAGCUGCUCAACGCCGAGAAGACUCAGGAGUCAGCCUAA